AUGAACAGCGAAAGUGAAAAAAAUUUCAUCGAUCGGAAAAAUCUUGGCCGAAUAUCUCUUCGAGAUCGUGAUGUUUCCGGAAGUAAAAUGGAAGAGACCACUAAUAAAGGAUAUUUAGAUAUAGAAGUUUACUCCAGCAAAGAAAACGCCUCUGUGGUAGUGAAUGGAAAAAUAGUUUAUCAAGAGCUGAAUCGUCUUGGAAUGAACGUUGUGGUUCUUAAUCAAAACACUGGAGCGGUUACAGCUCGGAGGAGAUUUGAUACGUAUUCAACAAACCGGGAAUCUACAGAAAUGAUGGAAUUCAUCAGUGGUCUGCCAGAUGGACGAAUACUCUGUCUGACAGUUAAGGACGAAGCCACAAUAAGUCUGUUGACAUCCGCUCGGAGCUACCUCCAAAGCCGUGGUAGCAGCUACAUACAACAGCUACAAUGGCGUGAUAUGUGGGCUUUCGUUACACAACGUGUAAACAAUAAAAACAUGGUGUACGCUGAAGGAUAUCAGCAAUCACCGAGUAACGAUGAGUGGGCGACUCCUGUCAGAAUCCACACUACAGUUCCGAUCUCAGAGCAAAGUACCGUGGAUUGCCAAUGGAUUAAAAAUGAUGAAAACCGCCGAAGGAAAGAGUUUUGCGAUAAGUUUGAUGGCUACGAAAAAAUUUGUAAAUGCGAGAAUCCAGAACCGUUAGCUUUUGAGCCGCCCCUACCACCGGAUGGCAGCCGAAUCAACCUUCCACUGCUGAUCAUGGCUAGUAACCGCCCUUAUUACCUGUACAGAAUGCUUAAGACGUUACGACAGGUCCAAGGGUUGAAUCAUACCAUGGUGACAGUGUUUAUUGAUGGAUUUUUCGAGGAACCUGCUUUACUUGCUGGUUUGUAUGGGCUGAAUGUCGAUCAACAAGCGGGAGUCAGUGAACGAAGAGCAAGGAUCUCGCAGCAUUACAAAAGAUCACUUACGGCCUCUUUUGCUCGUCAUGCUGAUGCUAGCGUUGUGAUCAUCCUCGAGGAAGAUCUUGAUGUAUCUCCAGACAUUCUCACAUUUUUCAAUCAGUUACUCCCGGUCUUGGAAAACGAUGACAGUCUUUACUGUAUAUCAGCUUGGAAUGAUCAGGGUUAUACACAUGCAGUUAAAGAUCCAGCCAUGACCUACAGAGUUGAGACAAUGCCAGGACUUGGAUGGGUUCUGGAGCGAAAACUGUACAAAGAGGAACUUGAACCUCAGUGGCCUGGUCCCAACGUGAUGUGGGACUGGGACAUGUGGGUAAGGAGCCCGCAGGUGAGAAAGGGCCGAGAGUGCAUUAUACCGGACAUCUCUCGCACCUAUCAUUUUGGGGCCAGAGGACUGAAUGUGAAUCCAUACAUGCAGAGGACUUACUUCUCUGCGCGUGCGCUGAAUACUGAGCCAAACGUAAUGUUGAACGUGGACAUCAUGUACAAGGAGAAAUAUGAAAAGGAGCUACAGCGGUUACUUAGAGAAGCUGUAGUCUUAGAUCACUCAAGAACUCCAUGCACAAACCCAAACGAUUUUAUCCCUUUGACGAAGAACAAGAUCUAUGUGUUUUAUAUAAGAAUGGACAGCAUUAACGACUUCACCACGUGGUCAAACGUAGCGAACUGUUUGAAAAUAUGGGAUUUAGAUCCAAGGGGUUUCCAUAAACGUUUGUGGCGAUUGUGGCUAAAAGACAAUCAUGUGUUGAUUGUUGGGUGUCCUGUGUCACCCUACUGUAAUUACAAACCAAGCAGAUUACAACCAAUUCACAUUCCCAAGAAAAAGAAAUCUUGAAAAUAGAGAUUAUAAACUAUUUGUAAGCAAGACGGAAGCUAGAGUAAAUAUAUGCGUGCGUGGUUAAUUCCUUGCCAGAAAUCCACAUAAAAGUGGAAUAAGAUCUGUAAUCAUGGAGAAAAAUUUGAACUGGUUGCGCCAGGUAUGCGAAAUGAUAAAGAAAAAAAUUCUGCUUUUCAUUUUUAGCACCGGUCUCUGUAACCUAUCGUUUAUUUAGUGACAAAAAUUCUAGACUUACUAUUUUUAUUCUCACAGAUGACUCCCAAUAAAUCGCAUCCGUUCUCGUUACCAUAAGGGA